CAGAAUGUGUGGAGAGAAGUUUUCAUCGAGAUGGAACCCCAUCAUCACACGUUGUAUUAGUCAUUCACAUUCAGGAAUCACAGGGGUUGCCCAUGAGGACGCUCCUUUUGUUUCUCUGAUGGACAUCCUGACCUAUCACAAUGUGACCGCUAAAUUCAGGUGUGUUGUUCGAUUCAUACAAGUGUAUCCCCAAGAUAUCAGAAAACUCCGCGAUUCCAACGGAAAGAUCAAAUUGCUAGCGAUAUUAGAAGAUGCAACUGCCAGAAUCCAUGCUUCUCUAUAUGCUGAUGAAGGGGAAAAGUUUUUCGGCUGUGACCAAUCCGAUGAAGAGGCUCUAGUCGAGAAGAUGAAUAAAUUGUUAGGAGGUGAGGAGAUGGAACAAGUGCCAAGAAACCCUCCAUGGGUGCAAUGUUGCUUGCUCUCGUUCUACAAACACAAAAUGGAUCAAUGGGGAAGCAGAAGAUUUAGGAUUUUUGAUACAUGGAUCAAUGCUUCAUGAACCACAUGAAAUCAAUGACAAAUCAUAUUGUUAAUUUUAGGAUAUUGAUGUUAAUAUUGUUAAUGCCGGUUUAACACCCAUUCGAAGGUAAUUUAAAAAAGACAUAAAAUUGUAAUAUCAAAAGUAAUUUAUUUAUUUA